AACCCCCUCCGUCUGGCUGAACUUAAGGCCAAGGCCGCUAAGGAGAAACAGCGACAAGGUACCAGCCUUGUGGAUCCAUCUGCCCCAAACCAUUCAGCAUACUCUAUUUCUACCAAUUUGGGUUACGCUAUACUUCCAUCUGCAGGUUCUUCGCUUAAGCCAUCCUCGUCUACUUCGAUUUCGUCCGCAACUGCAACGGAGCGGAAAAGAGGAGCUCUUGAUGAAUUAAUGGCUGAGGAGGAAGCACUUAAAGAAAAACGUAACCGUCGUGACUUUUGGUUGUUGCCGGGAUUAGAGGUCAAAUUAAUUAAUAGAAAACUUCCAGAUGAUCUACAACUGAGGCAUGCUGUGGUCGAGAAAAUGGUGGAUAGAUACACAGUGAGUUUUUGUGCAUCAGCUAGUGCAGCUUGA